AUGAAGAACCAAACUGGCGGAGGGUGGCAAGAGGUCAGGAGGAAGGGGAGGUCUGCAAAUUUUAGUAGCAGGUGGGAUAUCCUGAGAAAUUCUACAGAAGGCUCCAAGGGUGUUAUCACUUCAUUCUUCAUAACAAACUUUGACAACAGAUGGAGAGCCAGGGACCUUUUCUUCGAAUUCAAGGACCUAGGUGUGGUGGACGAAAUUGUAAUUCCACCUAAGAAGGACUGGAGAGGCGAGAAGUACGGUUUCAUGAGAUUCGCAGAGGUUGAAAAUGUCGGAUUAUUGGAGGUUAAAUUGGACAACUUGUGGCUCGAAGGAAGAAAGUUAAAGGCCAAUGUGUCUAAGUUUAAAAGGAAGGAUCUGAAGGAGGAUAACCUGGAGAAGAGAAAAGUGUUCUCUAAAGGCAAUGUAGUAGGUAAUGAAGAAGGUUUAACCAAAGGCUUUCAAAAGGAAGCGGGGAGGUAUGGAUUCUCAAGAAGGGCAGGAGGGGUUGACGAGCAUAACAAGCAGUUCAGAUCGUAUGCGGAUACAGUGAUAAACAAACCUCUGCAAUUCAACAAUCACAAGGGGAUAAACCUGAAGUUAUCCAAUCAGAACCUAAAAACAGGGGAGGCAAGCAAUAAGGAGGAGGAAACAUUCAAAACUUUUAUCUAUAGCUCUAGCCUAGAGGAGCAAAACAAAUACCGGAAAGCUAUGGUGGGAAUAGCAAGAUCACCUGGUAUGGCUUUCGGUGUUAGUAAAAGUCUCUUGGCCGAGGGCAUAUUCACAGUGGUAGCUACCCCUUUGGGCCCAAAUCUCUGCCUGUUGGAAGAAACGGUGGAUGGAGAUCUGGAUAGGUUAUUGUCGGAAGCUUGGGUUUGGAAAGACAGAUGGUUCAAGGAGGUGAGGAAGUGGCAGAAGAAAGACGUUGAAUGCUUCAGAUCUGUGUGGGUGUCCAUUUUCGGAAUUCCAUGCUUUGUGAGGAAUAGAAGAUUUUGUGAGCUUCUCCUUUCUGACAUUGGGGUUGUGGCCAAUGGAGAGAUUUUGGAGGAACAACAACUAAGGAUGGAUGUUACUAAUCUGAUGAUCUUCACGGACAAAUUGGAUACGAUUAACCUAAAAAUCGCGGUUUUCAUAGAUGGUGAGACUUUCCACUGUUUGGUGAAGGAAGACGCGACGGUGAGGGUGGGAGAUAUGGAUGGUUCGACGGUGGCUUCGGAGGAUGAUGAGUGGUCGGAACCGGAGUCUUGCUCGGAGGUGCGGGUAAAGGUGGAUCGAACGGCGAGGUGCGAAAAACAGGUUGAUUUUCCGGCUCCGGUAGGGGGCGAGGGCAACGGUGCAAUCGAUGGUGACCCUUCGGUCUGUGUCAGAAGUGGAGAGAGAAGGUGUUCAGAGAAGCAGCAUGUAAAGGUUGAUGUGAAAGGGGUCAAGGAUGUAAGUCACAAAAGGAACGAUUUAGAGCUUGAAGGUGGUUUGCAGAGUAGAUCAUAG